GCUUAGGGGAGAAGCCUGCCAAGGGUGAUCCGCAUUGGUUCGAGAGUAACCCCGCGGGGAGUGUACAAAAGAAACGCAACUGUUCCAAGGGAGUAGAAGCGGAGAGGGGGAAAAAACAAAAAAUACGAAAAAAAAAAGUAAAAAAAUAAGCAAAAAUAAGCAAAUUAAUCGAAGAGCGCAGUUUGACGCCCCACUCGACUGCGAAGGGGAACGAACGAGGUCGCGCCAAAGUUGCAGGGGGACGCUGCCUUUAUAUGCUUAUCGAGGCCAUCACUGCAGUCUGUGUUGCGUGACAGUGUCAGUUCGUCAGCCAAAUUCCGGCGGCAUCGGGGGGGGAAGUUAUCUACCGUGCGGGGAGCGCAUCCACAAAGGUCGGCGGUUGGUAGAAAUCCAUUUUCAGCACACCCCUCCUCUGUUGCUGGGCAGCCAUGGAGACGAAGAACAACCUGUAUGACGAGUUUGGGAAUUACAUAGGGGAAGACAUCGACAGCGAUGGGGACUACUCGGAUGGGGACCAAGACGAGGAUGCGGACUCGGACGGAGGUAGCGAUGGGGGUAGCGAUGAGGAUAGCCAUUCGGAUAGCCAUUCAGAUAGUGAUGUAGGUAGUGAUGUAGGUAGCCACUCAGAUGGCGAUACCCGGCGGGGAAAGCCAAAGGGGAGAGGAAGGAGGAAAAAAAAAGGGGGGGAAAACGAAUCUCGCAGCGACGACAGCCAGGGGGGCCGCCCCGGGGAAAACCUAGACGAGCUGCAGAGAGCGUACGAAGGGGUGGAGGUGUUCGUGGAACAGGAAGAUACGCAAGACAUAGAAGAAGCAACGAUCAACAAGAUAAACACAAAUGUAGAGCGAAUCAGCUUCAUUAAGAAGCUAGACGUGGAGGCGAACAGGAAAAAUUUCGAUUUGAUCGAAACGAGUCUGCCCAACAACACGUUCAGUUUUAAAUACCUAUCCCAGUUGAUGGCUCACACGCAGUUUAUAAAAAAUAUUUGCAUAGCGGGGCACUUCCAUCACGGGAAGACGACCUUCCUGGAUAGGAUAAUCGAAUUUACUCGAGAGAAGAAGGAAAGCAAAACGAAACUGUCCUACGGUAGUGGCAUGGGAUGCGGGGGAAACCCUAACAGCGGCACGGCCAGCUUCUUCCACGUGAAUGCCGAAAUGGAGGGAGUACCAAUAAGGAGAAACACCCCCCGAAAGGAUAACACAUCCCUGGUGACUCCAUUUAAUGCGAAAAAAAUUGACCACCUAGUGAACUACACAGAUACGAGGCUGGAUGAACAAGCAAGAGGGCUAUCCAUCAAGGCAAUUCCCAUCUCCCUCAUUCUUCAAAAUAAAAUGUAUGAAAAUAUCUCAAGUAACAUUUUACUAAAUAAAAAAAAGAACAACUUGAAAUAUAAGUCUUACCUUUUUAAUAUCGUGGACACCCCUGGGCAUGUCAAUUUUUUUGAUGAAUUCCUAUGCGCGGUGAACAUCUGCGAGUGCUGCUGCUUAGUGGUGGACGUCACCGAUGGGUGCAUGUACGUGACGGAGAAUGUUAUAAAAACGUGCAUUUACGAAAAUGUGAAGCUGGUGUUAAUUGUUAACUGCUUGGAUAAGCUAAUAAUGGAUUUGCGGCUACCCCCGAAUGAUGCCUACCACAAAAUUAAUUAUACCAUUGAGGAGAUUAACAAAAAAAUUGAAUCGUUUUGUGAUAUGCUGAACAAGAGUGCGAAGGAGAAGAAGCGAUUUCUGUUGUCCCCUCUGAAGAACAACGUGCUCUUCGCUUCCAGCAUGUAUGGAGUUUUUUUCACCCUCAAAUCGUUUAGUAAAAUUUACUGUAACUUGUAUAGCGCAUACAGCAUCGACAUUGACGAAUUUGCACAGCACCUCUGGGGAGAUCUUUACUUUAACGAGAGGGACUUCUCCUUCGUGUCAUCUCCACUGUACUCCAAUCAGAGGAGGUCAUUUGUGGAGUUUAUCUUAAACCCCAUUUACAAAAUCUUUGGCUAUGUCUGCUCGGAAGAAAAAGAGUUCCUCAUUCCCUUUUUAAAAAAUUUUAACAUUACACUGAAGAAAAACGACUACCUCUUUAGCAGCAAAUUUUUACUUAAAAAGAUCAACGGGAUGAUAUUCGAAGACACAACUGCCUUCGUGGAUGUCAUUUUGGAUAACUGCCCCUCCCCAGUGGAGAAUGCGAAACAGAAGACGAGGCAAAUUUACUCCGGCUCGCUAAAAACGAAGAUCUGCUACGACAUGAUGAGGUGCCUUAAGGGGGAUCAAACGGACAACCUCAUGAUUUACAUUAUUAAGAAUUACCACCGACCGGAGUGCAUCAUUUUGGACCUCUUCGGUAGGGUCAUGUGUGGCACAAUUAGGAAGGGACAAACGGUGCGUAUCUUGGGCGAAGGUUACAGCCCUAGUGACGACGAAGAUAUGAUCACUCGGGUGGUUACUCAUUUGUGGAUUUAUGAGGGUAGAUACAGAGUCGAGGUGGAUGAGGUCCCCGCGGGAAAUUUCGUGCUCAUUGGGGGGGUGGACAUCUGCAUUAACAAAACGUGCACCAUAACGAAUGUGAAGAGGAGGAAAAGUGCGACUGUAAAAGGUGCGAAUGGAAAAGGCGCGAACGUAAAAGGCGCGAACGUAAAAGGCGCGAACGUAAAAGGCGCGAACGUAAAAGGUGCGAACGUAAAAGGUGCGAACGUAAAAGGUGCGAAGAAGGAUCAGCUGAGUGGAACGAAAGGAACGGGAAUGGCACCCACUUUAGGAUCCCAAAACGGUUUGCAGAAGGAAGAGCGGAUGCUUCUGGAAGAAGAUGAAGCAGAAACGGAGAUAUUCUACCCCCUACAUAGGAAGUUCAGAUAUAUCAAUUGCGCCAACUCCGUUUUUAAAGUUGCCUGUGAACCUAUUAACCCUUCGGAACUUCCCAAAAUGUUAGAGGGUUUGAGGAAAAUUGAUAAAACGUAUCCUUUGUCCAGCACCAAAGUGGAAGAAUCUGGUGAGCACAUAAUCCUGGGGACGGGGGAAUUAUAUUUGGACUGCAUUUUGCACGAUUUGAGGAAGCUUUAUGGGGACCUCGAAAUUAAGGUGUCCGACCCUGUGGUGCAGUUCAACGAGACGGUGAUCGAAACUUCCGCUCUGAACUGCUUCGCGGAGACGCCCAAUAAGAAGAACAAACUGCAUAUGAUUGUGGAGCCGAUGCAGAAGGAGCUGGUGGAUGACAUCGUGCAGGGGUUGGUCCACCUGGACAGGAGCGAGCGGGACGCCCACGUGGAGGAGUACCUGCGCGCGCUCGACGGGUUGCUGCGCCAGGGGGGGGGAGCGGAGGAAGCGGCGGAGGAAGCGGCGGACCAAUCGGACGAACCCGGCGAAGUCCCUCUGAACGGAGACCCCCCCGCGGAGAAGCACCCAAACACGCUGAAUUACAGCCUGGACAAGAACGUCAUCUCGCUGCUCACGGACAAGCACAACUGGGACCUCCUCUCCAUAAGAUCCAUUUGGGCCUUCGGCCCGGAGAGCAACAGCCCAAACGUCCUAGUGGACGAUUCUUUGUAUAAAGAAACAAAUAAAGAAAGCCUCUACUCCAUUAAGGAGAACAUCAUUCAGGGAUUCUGCUGGGCCACGAAGGAGGGACCCCUAAUCGAGGAAUGCAUGAAAAAUGUGAAGGUCAAAAUUUUAAAAGGAGAAAUAGACGAUGACCCAAUCAAUAGGGGAGCUGGCCAAAUUAUUCCAACAGCGAGGAGAGCUAUAUAUUCUUCCUUUUUAUUAGCUACCCCGAGGUUAUUAGAACCCAUUUUAUUUACAGAAAUUAUUUGUUCAGGUGAUUCUGUUUCAUCUGUUUAUAAUGUGCUGUCUAGAAGAAGAGGACACGUGUUGAAAGAUUUCCCCAAAGUGGGGACCCCCCUGUAUAUGGUCCACGCGUACUUGCCAGCCAUUGAGUCCUUCGGCUUUGAAACAGAUUUGAGGACCCACACAAGUGGCCAGGCAUUUUGCUUGAGCAUGUUUGACCACUGGCAUAUCGUUCCCGGGGACCCUCUAGACAAGUCCGUCGUUCUAAGGCCCCUGGAGCCUGCCCCCAUUCAGCAUUUGGCCCGGGAGUUUUUGCUGAAAACCAGGAGGAGGAAGGGGCUAACCGAGGACGUCACGAUUAACCGGUUCUUUGACGACCCCAUGCUGCUCAACAUAAAGGACGAGUUCGCGGAGUAUUUCUGA